CACAAAGACUGGCACCAAUACAGAAUUCUAAUGACUUUGAAUCUUCCUUCUUUCUAAGAUUCCUGGUGUUGACCAAGGAAGUAAACUGGAGGAGUUUAAGCAUAUUGUAACAGUGGGACAAACUGCGGUGGAGAGUGGACGCUGAUGGGGGACGAAAAGGAGACCUGGAAAGUUAAAACUCUUGACGAAAUACUACAGGAGAAAAAACGCAGAAGAGAAUUAGAAGAGAGAUCAGACCCCAAGCGCCAGAAAAAUUUCCCACAGGGCCUUGUUCCACAGUCGGAUGAUCGGGAAGCCAAACGAGAUACUCCGGAGGAAGGAGAACUACGGGAUCAAAAGAUGGAAAUAACAAUUCGUAAUUCCCCGUAUACACGGGAGGACUCAACAGAGGACAGGUCCUUGGAACUGGGUGAGGAAGACGAAUCAUUAGCAAUCAAGCCUCCACAGCAAAUAGCAAGAAAAGACAAGUCUCACCACAGAAAGGAGGAGAAGAGAAAAGAUAAAAGACGGCAUCGCAGUCACUCUGCUGAAGGAGCAGGGAAACAUGUACGACCCAAAGACAAAGAAAAAGAGCGAGAGAAUGAUCGCAGGAAGCGUCAGUGGGAGGAAGACAAAGCCCGGCGAGACUGGGAGAGGCAGAAACGAAGGGAACAGGCCAGAGCUCAUUCACGCAGAGAGAGACCCCGAUUGGAUUCUCCUGGGUUUUUUUUGGACCACAGGGACCGGCUGGAACAGCUGGAGCGCCAGCGUGAACGGGACAGAAAGCUGCGCGAACAGCAGAAAGAGCAACGGGAGCUGAAAGAUCGGGAGAGGAGGGCUGAGGAGCGACGCAAAGAGCGAGGUGGUAGACGAGAAGUGCCGUCUCACCAUCGGAUGCUACCUGAUGAGUAUGAGGAUAAAUCAAAACAAGGUCAUCAUAGCCGAAGUCCCAACCGUACACCUCGGGAGAGAUCCGAACUCAGCGAACCAAGAAAAAGUGCAACAUCAAAGGAGGAGAAGCCAGAGGGCCAAGACCUGCUCGCAGACCUCCAGGACAUCAGUGACAGUGAAAGGAAGACCAGCUCAGGAGAAUCUUCCAUCGCAUCAGGGUCCGGCUCCGAUGAAGAAGAUGAGGAUGAGGAGUCAAGCAGCCAGAGUGAGGGCGAAGAAGACGAAGAGGAGUCAGUUUCAGGCUCAGGAAGGUCUGAGCAGAGUGCAGAGGACGUGAGUGAGGAGGAGCAGUCAGUGGAAGACUUUGAAGAAGAGAAGGAAAAUGGAAAUCACAUACUUUUAGUGCCAGAGUCCCGUUUCGAUCACGACUCAGAAGAGAGCGGUGAGGACAUGGAGGAAGAGGAGGAGGAGGAUGAGGAGGAUGAAGGAGAGGGUGACCCCACUCCUCACUCUCAAACUCAUUCUCGCUCUCCCACCCCCGAAGAGAACUACAUCCCAGACUCCCCCCCAAUUUCACCUGUGGAGCUGAAAAAAGAGCUGCCCAAAUAUCUGCCUGCUUUACAGGGUUGUCGCAGUGUUGAGGAGUUCCAGUGCUUGAACCGAAUAGAAGAGGGAACCUAUGGUGUGGUGUACAGAGCCAAGGACAAAAAGACGGAUGAAAUUGUGGCCUUGAAAAGAUUAAAGAUGGAGAAGGAGAAGGAGGGCUUCCCCAUCACCUCUUUAAGAGAAAUAAAUACAAUCCUGAAAGCUCAGCACCCAAACAUCGUCACAGUAAGGGAAAUAGUUGUGGGAAGUAAUAUGGACAAGAUCUACAUUGUGAUGAAUUAUGUAGAACAUGACCUGAAGAGUUUGAUGGAAACCAUGAAGCAGCCCUUCCUGCCAGGUGAAGUAAAGACUCUGAUGAUUCAGCUGCUGCGAGGUGUCAGACAUCUCCACGAUAACUGGAUUCUCCAUCGUGAUCUGAAGACGUCCAAUUUGCUGCUGAGCCACAAGGGUAUCCUCAAGAUUGGCGACUUUGGUUUGGCCCGGGAGUAUGGUUCGCCCCUGAAGCCUUACACCCCUGUAGUGGUGACCCUGUGGUACCGAUCACCAGAGCUGCUGCUCGGAGCCAAGGAGUACUCCACAGCUGUGGACAUGUGGUCAGUGGGCUGCAUAUUUGGCGAGCUCCUCACCCAGAAACCUCUUUUCCCUGGAAAAUCUGAAAUUGACCAAAUUAACAAGGUUUUUAAGGAUCUGGGGUCACCCAGCGAGAAGAUCUGGCCUGGCUACAGCGAGCUGCCCGCUGUGAAGAAGAUGACUUUUACAGAGUAUCCCUACAACAAUCUGCGAAAGCGCUUUGGAGCGCUGCUCUCAGAUCAAGGCUUUGACCUCAUGAACAAAUUCCUCACCUACUGCCCCAGUAAGAGGAUUUUAUCGGACGAGGGGCUCAAGCACGAUUACUUUCGCGAGACGCCGUUGCCCAUCGAGCCGUCCAUGUUCCCCACCUGGCCGGCCAAGAGUGAGCAACAGAGGGUGAAGAGAGCCACCAGUCCUCGUCCACCCGAGGGAGGCCUGGGCUACAGUCACCUGGGCGAUGACGACCUCAGAGACACAGGCUUCCACCUGACAACCAGCAACCAGGGAGUGUCGGCAGUCGGUCCAGGAUUUAGCCUCAAAUUCUGAGCCCAAAACUGCAGGAUACCUGCCUGUCGGGUUCUGGGACAGUUUUGGGACUUGUUCUUUUGGAAUUGGACGGUGUCGCUGGUUUACAGCUGCAAACCAGAUCAAUAUCUGAUCAAAUACAACUGUUACCAAAUAGUCAGGACUGUCUCACAGCAAGACUAGUGGCUCAAACAUGUUGAAUCUCCAGAGUUUUCGCUCAACUUUUUGGUGUGUUCUCUGUAUUUUCAAUCCAUUUCACCAUUUUAAAUGUGUAAAUUUUAGCUCUUAAAUAGAAUACGCAACCAUACAUUUGUUAGAAUUUUAGCUCUCAUGUUUGACUUUUGUUCUAUUUUCCAUUUUACACUUCGUGAGAGAGGACCAGAUUUUCUAAAUGGUUGGUAUUUCCUGGCUGCCUGAGCUACUGUAUAAUGAUGCAGCAUUGGCUGUGCUUUCCAUCCAGCAUUAUGUGAGAAAUUUACUAAGGACUGUCUCUUGAUGACAGGGGGACGAUGUUUUUGCUAGAAAUAAAGUUUGAAACUUUG